GUGGAGCUGAGGAAAACCAUGGAGAAGUCUCACCCAGCCUCUGCCUCAGAUCUGCCCCAGGGGUCAGAGGGCAACUCCCUGCCAAAGGGGUCCUCAGGGGUCAACACGAGCAAAAGGAGUGACACAAAGAUGGAGGAAAACGAGGUCUGUGCAGAAAGGGGGAAUGACGUCGAACAGGAGAGUUUGGAGGGAGAUGGGAUACAACACAAGAAGAAGAAAAAGUGUCAGCAAGAGGGUGGAGUGGAGUCUGUCAAUGUGGACAUUAGCUGUGACAUUGAGACAGCCUCAAUGGAAGAUGCAAGAACUCCCCCUGCCCUUGUAGAUGGGACAACAGAACGUCCCCUCUCGGUCUUGGAUGAGGUAAUGGAAAGCACCAACUCUGUUUCGGAGGUGAUGAUAGAAAGUUUGGCGUCGCUUCAGGACAAGGCAGUGGAAUCUCCACCCGCUACUCUAGAUGGAGUGGGUGACUCCUCAACCUCUAUUCCAGACAGAGGCGCAGAAUUUCCACCAUCUGUUGUCGAUGGUGCCCUCAAAUGCUCCGUGGAACCCUCCACCACAAAGGCAAACGCCAUCCAAGAUUCAGUGGUCGCCAAUAGCCCAGCCACGCCCUCCACACCCAGCUCUGACAUUGCAGACUCUGGAGUUUCCAGUCCCCAAACGAUGGCCCCCCCGAACACCAACUCUUCGCCCAGCCCCUACGACACGGACUGCAGCCGCAAGCUCAUGACUGAGAUCCAGCGCUCGGUCUCCCAGGAGUCCCUAUUGGAUGAGCUGGAGCAGGAGCUGCUCUCCUGCCAGCUGCCCGAGAGAGGGGGAGGGGGGUGCAAGGGUGGCCCCCAUGUAAAUGGCAUGCAGGCUGACCAGGACGGCUCCACGAUGGUCUUCGAGAAGUGCAUCCAGUACAAGUAUGUGCAGCAGGAAAAGGCUAUCAAAAGGUAAUAAAUACCAUGGUGAUGUGUAACAAAGUCAUGAAGUUGUAUGUCGCUAUAAUUUGGUAUAUUGUGUGCUAAGUAAACAUUCACAUGAUACCAGUGUAGGUCUACUGUAUAUCCCUGCCUUUUUGUUUUUGUGGAUAGAUGAGUUCUCUUAUCUCUUAUUUUUAUGCACGUUCUGCAAUCGCAAGCUGCAAUAUCCCAAGUUUGUUCUUGAGAAAAUGCGCUCUUGUGUAUUUGAAACGUUAGGCUAAGGUAUGGUUUUUUUUGACGAACAAAAACGUACUUCAUAUACAAUUUCCAUCCUUGGUCAUGCAUCUGUGUGGCCGUACCCUUACGCUUGGAUUGUUGAACUUAUAGGCUGCUGGAUGAAAACAAGAAGCACCAGGAGCUGAUCCUGGGUAUCUGCUCAGAGAAGGACACCAUGAGGGAUGAACUGAAGAGGAGGGUGGAGACUGAGAAAAAGCACAUGGGCACCGUGAAGAAGGUAAGCACUCCAACUCCAGACUAUUGUCCUGUCCAGGGGGUGUACUUGUACAUCAAGCUGCCUCACAGUGCAAAUAAGAGAUAA